CCUCAACAACGAAUGAAAACAACGAGUCAACGACAAAAGCUCAACAUGUAGAAACAGCCUUACCAUAGGUAAUCGCCUCUGUCACAUUCAGCAUCCGCCACAGCAUUAUAAAGAAGUGCACUAGUACUUACUAGGUACUUUUGGCUAUCCAUUUUCCCUGUGAGCGGACGCGCUCAUGGAGGGCAAAUAUUCGAGAUGUUCAAUAUCGCCAAAGCAGCGCAACCACCCGAAACACAGUGCUAGCACCCUGGCUUCCGAGUCAGCGCAGCCCUGGACGGCCACAAGAUGUCACCGGCUUCUCCGGCCGCUCCUUGCUCAUAUCGCCGCUCUCAGAAAGGAGAAGGAGCGGCGCACAUUGCUUCAGAACGGCCUCGCAUCCGCCGCUUCCGCCCAGUCUGCGAAGCCCCGGAGGACGGUGCUGGGCAAGCGGAGCUACCCGGACUCCGAUUCCGACUACAACGAUAAAAGACCAUGCCGCAAAUACUCCAGCAAGGCGUCUCGAAGAAGACGGUCAACUAAUCAGUUGUGCACGCCUCCGCGGACUUUGCAGAAGCAACGGCGCCAACCGGGCAACAAGGCAGCCCAGGAUGUCGUGUUGCCCACCCCCUUGCUCCGCCGUGUCAGGAAUCACCAACCCUCUUCUCCGGCCCAGCCUCCAGAUGCACGAUUCCAGGAGGAACCGUCCCCGGCCAAUAGCCGGUGCAGCCAUGUGGGGAGUGGCUGCAAGACGAAAUGCGCCUUCGAGAUGGAACUGGCUGCACUGCGCCGAACUGUUGAUCCUGAGCGACACGGCCUCUACGAGCCGCUCUUCAAGGCUUUCGACGCCUUAUUAAGGGUCACCUCCGUCCGGCCAAGUCGAGCGGCCGGGCCAGCGUCGUUGCUAGCCAUGUGCCUCCGCAAGGUCCCGGCGUACAUCGCCGCUCUCGAGGACCAGGAAAGGAAGGCGUCCGAGGACAGCGGCACAAAGGCUGCAGUGCAGGACGCCGGGUUGUCCUUCGAAGUCUAUUCGGAGCUGGAGUCUCUGGGCACCGUUGAGGGCUGGAGACACCUUGGCCUGCUGCUGCAAGCCCAUGCUGUUCAAUACAUCCAAGAGGCUGUCUCGGAGGGCUUGAUCGAGGAGCCGGUGACGGACUUACUAAUACGGCUCUGCCUUGAAUAUAUGACGGCCACCGAAUGCAUGGGCCUGAUCAAGACUUACGUUGUCCGGCAGUAUCCGAAGCCUCAAUCUGCCGAAGACGACCUCUUCAAGACACCCGCGCUCCAACCACUCCGGAUACUCACAAGCUGCGACCCUUCCGGGCUCUCCCUGAGGCCCGGGAUAAUGACCGAGCUGCUUACCAACGGCCUUCUCCCGCCCGACUGGAUCCUAACUAAGAGUUUCACCGACCUGUGGCCGUCGACGGUUCGCAGGAUCACCGAAAUGAAGCCAUGUCAGGACACCGCGGACUUCGUUGUCGCCACACUCGAACUGCUUUGCGACCGUGCCUCGCCAAAGAGACCACGGGGCGUGCCGCAAACACGGCUCCGUGGGAAGCCGCAGAACACUCUAGUCAGUGCUAUUGCAGCUCUGGGAUCCGUGGUCAUCCUGAGCGAGGAAGGUUUGGGCGAAAGCACCGAAGCCUCAUCAACAGCGAGAACAGCCACCAUCAGGCGCAGGAUAGAGUACGUGGUAACCGCAUGCUCAGCAAAGCUCAAGCACAUAAAGAAAGGCGGCCGGAAACUCGGCAGGUACUUGCUCGCGCUCUGCUCCUUCCUCUCGCUCGACGGCGACGCGGCCUCGGCCUCGACUGUCGAGAUGUGCUGGAGGGGCGUCCGUAGCUGCCGAGGCAAGGCAGACUUGAUGCUCCAAUACGAUGCGACAAUGGCCCUCAUCAGCGCUGUUUCGCAUUGCUGUGGCCGUGGGACUGGUUUCGCCCCGCGCGUCUACCUGUCACGGUUCUGCGACAAGCUGAAGACGCUGGCUCUUCCGGCCGCCGCGCUCAGCAACAUGCGCGUCGACUGUGCCUUCCGGCUCGCAGAGCACACUGGCGACCUGCGAGAUCUUGACUUCGCCGAAAAUCUCCAAGCCAAGGCUGCCACCGCUUGCACUACUCCCGAGCAGACAUCACGAGGCGGCAAAAAGAAGGACAGCAACAGGGUCAAAAAAGCGCCAUCAUUCUCCGGACUGCGCUGGGACGACGGGAUCAGCGAGUGGGUCGCUGCCACUCCUGCGAUUGAUGUCCGCCCGCCAAGCCGCAUCCGGCGACGGUCGAGGUUAAGAUGCCCUAUGGAGAGCGCGCAGGGAGAAACCGACAUGGGCUCGGACACGCAGGGCGACAUUGCAUCGGAAACCGAGCCAGAAAGACCGGACCCCGACGCUCCAACCGCAGGUGGUGGCGAUGACGACGACGACAGCAUUGACUCGGCAUCUGAAACAGACGAAACAGGCAACGAGGCUGAUACGGGCACCCUCUCGCCCAAUACUGAGGCGUCGCCGGCCGCACGCUGCGAAUCAGUGUCGGAGACUUCGGCAUCGCGAAAGCGCCCACAUCCCGAUGGCUCGGACAAACCGCAGCCCGCUUCUUCGUCGUCGCCGCCUGUUCCUGCGGGCGGCUUCCUCGCCGCGCGCGCCCGUCGUCUAUCGCGGCCGAUAAGUCGCGCGGGAGACGAGCUGGCGUUUGAUGACCAGCACCAGGGCAGUGUGAGCUGUGCUUCUUCAGAGAAAGAGAAUUGGCUCUGCAAGAAAAAGCCCACGCGCUUCCGCCCCGCUAUGAAGCGGGUGGCUCGGGCGUCGCGGGUGUAUGUGCAACCCCUUGAGAGGCCGUGUCUCGGGGAUGAGUGGAGUGACGAUGAGCUGAGCUUCAUUUAGAGGGGCCAGGCUACGGACUACGUUUGCACUGGAAGCAUUGCCGUUUCUAUAUGUUUGUAUGAUGGCGUCUUGGUUACUUGUUGGAGUAGGAAUACCAAUGGGCUGGACUAAGGUAAUCUGUACUCAUUACUCUGUAUCUGAUCGGGUUUGGUUAGGAUCUUAGGUGUUAUGUGUAGAAUAAGGCACGGAUAGCGAGUACUGUCCCGCCUAGUAAUUCGUACCUAUUUGCCAA